UGUCCAAAUCUAAGACAGAUCUCCACCAUUUCCCCAACCUCUUGCAGCAGCCUUUUGGUUGGCCAAAAUUAGCACCAGAAACUCUUGCUAACUGCUUCCUCUUCUUUUGUCAUAAAAGCAAAUCCGAGGAAAAAGACUCCCAGACUCUGGGUCAAUCCAAUCACAACCUAACACUUGUCAAAUGUCGAAGAUCUUCGUGGGUCUACUCCCAAGAUGGGCCCUACCUAUAUGAAUCCCCUUCCGCUCAUUUAUAUGUUGUAGUGCACAGUGGUUUUGCUCAAUGAAGUCAACUUUCAACUCCUCUCUCUAACAAGUGACAACAGAUCAAAGAAAAACAGAGGAUCUUAAACCAAAAUUGGAAUGAUCUGUUUUUGAUUCUCUGUUUUUCUUUGUUCCCAAAGACAGAAUUGUCACAAUGAAGUCAGAGACUUUAACGUUGGUUCUAGUGAAUCUUGCUGCGAUAAUGGAGACAGCGGAUGAGUCAUUGUUGCCCGGAGUUUACAACGAAGUUGGUGCAGCUUUGCAUAUAGACCCAACAGGGUUAGGCUCACUCACUCUGUUUAGAUCCAUCGUGCAAUCUUGUUGUUACCCUUUAGCUGCUUAUCUUGCUAUGCAUCACAAUCGUGCUCAUGUCAUUGCUCUUGGUGCUUUUCUUUGGGCUUCUGCGACCUUUCUUGUUGCCAUUUCCAACAACUUCCUCCAGGUCGCAGUUUCAAGAGGUGUGAAUGGGAUUGGACUUGCCAUUGUCAUACCUGCUAUUCAGUCCCUUGUUGCUGAUUCAACCGAUGAAAGUAACCGCGGUAUGGCUUUUGGAUGGCUACAACUGACAGGAAACAUUGGCUCCAUUCUAGGUGGGCUCUGUUCAGUACUAAUUGCCUCAAAAACUAUCAUGGGGAUACCUGGCUGGAGAUUUGCUUUCCUUCUGGUGGGUGUAAUCAGUGUCGUAGUUGGUCUUUUGGUCCAUCUUUUUGCUAAGGAUCCUCGAUUUUCUGAUAGUGAUAAUACAGCCAAAGAACAUAUUGAAUAUAAGUCUUUUUCAUCAAAAAUGAAGGACAUGAUAAAAGAAGCAAAGUCAGUUACGAGGAUCCCUACUUUCCAAAUUAUUGUUGCUCAAGGUGUUUCGGGAUCAUUUGCCGGGUCAUCUUGGUCAUUUAUCCCUAUGUGGCUUGAACUCAUUGGCUUCUCCCAUGAAACAACAGCAUCUAUCAUGACCUCUUUUGUAAUUUCCAAUUCUCUUGGUGGUCUCUUUGGAGGAAGGAUGGGAGAUAUUCUAGCCAAACGGUUGCCCAAUUCUGGGAGAAUUAUUCUUUCACAGAUAAGCGUAGGUUCUGCAGUCCCUAUAGCGGCAGUACUGAUGUUGGCAUUACCUGAUGAUCCUUCCACUGCAUUUAUGCAUGGUCUCGUUUUUUUCAUCAUGGGAUUGUGCAUAUCCUGGAAUGCUCCAGCAACUAACAAUCCGAUAUUUGCAGAGAUUGUCCCUGAGAAAUCCCGAACGAGCAUCUAUGCCUUGGAUCAAUCUUUUGAGUCUAUAUUGGCAUCUUUUGCGCCUUCUCUUGUUGGGAUUUUGGCUCAGCGUGUUUACGGUUACAAACCAAUACCCAAAGGGUCAUCGGACUUUAUAGAGAUUGAGACCGAUAGAGAGAAUGCUGCAUCACUCGCUAAGGCACUGUACGCAGCAACUGGGAUUCCAAUGGCAAUCUGUUGCUUCAUUUACUCAUUCCUUUAUUGCACAUAUCCAAGAGACCGGGAGAGAGCAAGAAUGCAAGCAUUGAUAGAAUCAGAAACCCAACAACUGGAGGAAAAUAAUUCUCCAUCAAGUGGCAAACAAUCCAAUUUUUUUAUUGCAGACUCAAAAGAGCUGAAUGACGAGGAAAGAGAUGAAAUUAAUAAUAUAGAGUUUGGAGGGGAGAAGAGCCUCGAUUUGGAUGAUAACGAUGAGAUGUCCCUUCUGAAUCGUCACUGGCCUGCUUCUGAAACUUAGAAGACAGAUGAACACGUCGGGCAGUACGAAGCUGAGCUAUCGAAAUUGCUUCAUAAAAAAAAUUAUAGAGGCUUCAACGACUUGGUUCCUUGCAAAGGCUCUUCAACUCUUCAUGUCAAGCAGAAUUUUUAUUUACUCAGGCGCUGUAAUUUUCCCAAAUGAGUAUGUUGAUGAGAAAUCUACUUUAAACCUGAGUCACUUGUGAAUCAGUUCUUGCUAUACGAUUUACAGGUGAUCAUAUAUACUAAUCACCUUCAGUUCAUCAGAUAUGCUGCGUGAAAGCUUCAUUGCUCAAAUUUGCAAUUGGAUAAACAGUGAAAUUACCGAAUUCAACGAGUCAGCAUAGAUAUGGUAUAAUCUCCCUGUUGGAAGAGACUGUCACCUUAAUUCGAAUGUGUAGGAUAAAUUGUUCUUCAAAAAGUUGGAUUUUCCAACCGAGACACGUAUCUACCAUCACUUGUACCAGGCUUGUGGAUGACCUGAUGUUCCAUCAAAUACCGAUCACACCAUCUUAACAAAAAGUGGGACGUCUGAACUGAUUUAUUCAAGGAUUUAAGUAUGGUUUUGCUAUGUCUUUUUUGCUCAUUUAUUUUCCUUUUCCCUAUUAACUAGUUAAUUUUCAACACAGUGCUUAAUUGGAUUCUUGCUUAUUUUGUUG